AACACGCUGUAUCAAAACUGAAAUUCUGAGAAAACAAUUUUAGUCGCCCAAAAUGGCAGCUGUUCAAGAUUACAAGCCCGGGGAUAUUCCCCUGGAGGAGCAAGACGAUCGCAGAUUAUUCUGCAAGUACCACUACAAAGGAGUUCUCCUUCUGUUUUUACCCAUUUUGCUGGCACCCAUUUUAAUUGGAACUCCAGUGCUGAUUUGCCGCUUUAUCUACCUAACACUAUGCCUUUACUUGAUAUACAUCCUAAACCUAAUGGCCAAAGGAGCUGCCGCCUUCAUCUACAUGGUUUUCAUACCCGUUGCGGGCAUAGCGUCCUCCAAGCAAGUCAGUGUAUCCUAUUACACUGAUCUCAUAUUCUUCGUGUAUGCCGCCAUAUUCAUGGGCAUCAUGAUGGACAGCUCCAGGUUGAGUGAACGCUUUGCGUUCAUGGUAAUCUCCAUAGUGGGAGGAAGUCUGAAAUCCCUUCAGCUUUUCUUGACCGUCGUCGUGUUCAUUUUGGCCGCUCUGGUGAAUCCCACCAUUUCCGCCGCCUUUUGGAUGAAGGUUUCCCAAGCUGUGUUGGCGGAAUACGAGAACGCUGGCUUGAUUAAACUGAACACGGAAGAAAAGCCCUACGAGGUUGGAUCCAAACCGUAUCCCACGCGUCCUGUAAUCGGCAUUUUCCUGACCUGUUGCUACACGGCCUCUUUGGCGUCAAGUGUUUCCCCCAUGGUGAAUCCAAAUGGUGUGAUUAGCGAUAGUUAUUCGGGGUCUCUUACGGUCACGGAAAUUGCGUUGGUCAUGGCGGGACCAGCUCUAUUGACUCUCGUUCUCAUGGUCUUCUGGCUGCAACUCCUAUUCCUCGGACUACUCGGAGGCAGGGUAAAGCGCGAUCUGGCGGAGUUCGAUGGCGCCAGGGGCGGCUUUAAGCAGACCGCGGCUGAUAGAAAACAGGCGCUUGGUCCUUGGACAAUAUAUCCCAUCUUGGGCAUACUGCUCAUACUAGUGUUGUUCCUGCUGGUGGCCACUCGCAAGCCGCACAUUUUCGAGGGCUGGGAUAGCUUGAACCAUAAGACGGACUCUGGACUCUCGGUGCCGGGCAUUGGCAUCGCCAUCCUGUUCUUCGCGAUUCCGGCAAACUACCUCUUCUGCAGAUACUAUGUGUGCCGCCAGCCGGAGAAGGAGGGUACUGCCAAUUCGCUUUUGGGCUGGAAGGCGGUGAACAACAACACUCCCUGGGCGGAAAUCUUCAUGCUGGGCGCCGCCUUCAGCUGCACCUAUUGUGCUAAGGCUUGUGGAUUCAACGACUACAUGGUCGAUUUGCUGACCUCCGACGAUGCCAGCGGCAAGGAACUCAAUAUGAUGAACUUCAUCUGCGGCGCCGUGUUUGGAACAGCGAUGACCACUCUGUCUCCGGCCACCACCUUGAGCAAGGUGGCACUGCCCACCAUCAUAAAGGGGGGAACCUCCUUUUCGUUGCCAUUUGCCACCGCGUUGCACAACCAGUUCUUGCUGCCCGUGAGCAGCCCAGGGAACACAAUUGUCGCCGGCUGGGGCAACAUAAGGCCUUACCAAUUCUUGCUGGCUGGCAGUGUAUUGGCGCUUUUCAUGUUCCUCACAAUCGCCGGAUUCACCGCGUUGUUCAGCAACACGGUGCUCUGAAUGUUCGGUUCAGCUAAUUUCCAAAUUUCAGUUUCGAUUUAAAGCGCAUUAAAUAAAAUUACGAAGUAAACCCACUGCAUUGCGG